CCUGGAUGCCCAGGAUGCCGGCCCGCAAGUGCCCAGGGUGCCCAGGAUGCCAGCAGGUUGCCCUCGAGUGCUCCGGUUGCUGGGCGAUUGGAGACCUCGGGGAACGCGCAAGGCCUCUCGCGGGCGCUCCGCUCCUGCGUGAGCCCCGAGUCUUCCUCGUGCUCCAGCGCCUUCUCCACCGUAGUACGAGUCCCUUUGGCUCACAAGAUCUUCGGGACAGCUUGCAACCAUGGGCCAGAGCGCCUGCAAGAACGGAGUGUUCCAGAGCUGGGAGAACGCCGCCAACGCCUCCAGGAACAGUGCGAUCGUGUUCAUAAAGCCACAUGCCGUCACUGCAUCAGUGCAGGAGUUGGUGCAGACUACGCUGAAUAAUCGUGGCGUGAGCAUCGUGAGCAGCGGCCGCAUCGGUGCUGAAACGAUAGACCGCGAGGGCCUAAUCGAUAUACACUACGGGGCCAUUGCUGCAAGGGCUCUCAAGAUCAAGCCGUGCGACCUGGUCGUCCAGCCAGGGCCAAAGGCUGACUUCGAGAAGUUGUUCGGCAUUCCGUGGGAGAGAGCGCUGGUCAAGGGGCUAGUUUUCAAUGCGAGAGAUGCAGCCAGCGAAUUGGGCAUGGGUCCUCUGGAGCUGAGCGAGGAAUGUGGCAAAACCAAGCGCGGCGUCGACCAGCUCAAGUUUGGAGGCGGCUUCUACGUGGCAAAGGUGCGGAGCGUCUACGUGGUCAACGGCUUCUACGAGGGCAUGCGCGCGAAGUUCACGGCGCCGGGCACGUGCAUCCAGUAUUUCGAGGUCGAGUGGGACCCCGCCUCGCUGCCCUGGGAGAAGUUCAGGGGCGAAGUCAUCGGGGCCACCAACCCCAGGGAGGCUGCCGUUGGCUCCAUACGGAACACGAUCUUCCAGCGGUGGGAGGCCCUUGGGCUCGGCGCAGAGCCCGACACGGGGGAUAAUGCCGUCCACGCGUCGGCCAGCCCGUUCGAGGGCCUCGCAGAGAAGGCGAAUUGGCUUUCCGCGGAAGUGUCCGAGGACCCUUUGGGUAAGGCACUCUCCGAGGCAGGAUUGGGGCAAGGCAUGAUCAAGGAUUGGAUGCAGGACCCCGCUGUGUUCUUUGAUGGCAAGAGGCAGUCUCUGUUCGACUUGCUCGAGGAUCUUGACAGCGACGCAUGCGUACAGAAGGCAAGAAACAUUAGAACACUGCAGACGAACUCGGCCGUGGUCUUCGUGAAGCCCCACGCCCUGAACGAGUCCGUUCAGGGUCUUGUCCGCAGGAAGCUAGAGGAUUGCGGCAUCAGCAUCCUCCACAGCGGCCGGAUUGACGCAGAGACAAUCGACGAGAAGGGCCUCAUUGACACGCACUACGGCGCCAUCGCAGCAAGGGCGAUGCGGCUGGCGCCCGCAGACUUAGUGGUGCAGGCGGGGCCGAGGGCGGACUUCGAGGGUCUCUUUGGCCUCUCCUGGGACUCGGCCCUGGAGCAGGGCCUGGUCUACAACGCCCGAGACGCCGCGGCGAAGCUGGGGAAGACGCCGCUGCAAUUGAGCGAUGAUUGGGGCAAGACCUACCGCGGCGUCGACCAGCUGAAGUUCGGAGGGGGCUUCUACGUGGCGCGCGUGGACGACGUCUUUGUCGUGAACGGCUUCUACGAGGCCAUGCGCGCGAGGUUCACGGCCCCUGGGGGUGCCAUCCAGCUCUACUGUGUCGAGUGGGACUCGUCCGCGCUGCCCUGGGAGAAGUUCCGCGGGGAGGUCAUCGGAGGCACUAACCCCCAGGGGGCCGCAGAGGGCUCCAUCCGCAACGCAAUCUACAAGCAGUGGGAGUCCCUGGGGCUCGCCGCGGCGCCGGACAUGGGUGACAACGCAGUGCACGCGUCCGCGAGCGCUUUCGAAGGGCUCGCCGAGAGGGCAAACUGGUUGGCCACGGACGUCUCGGGGGACCCGUUCGGGGAGGCCCUCAUCCGAACAGGCGUCCCCGCGGACACCAUUGGCGCCUGGAUGCAGGAUCCCGCUGUGCUCUUUGGCGAGAAGAGGCAGUCACUGUUCGACCUGCUCGAGGACCUCGACAGCGGCCCGUGCCUGCAGAAGGCCCUCGCCAUCUUCGAGCAGCAGAAGGCACCAAGUGAGAUCAG